UCCAGCCUUGACUGCGCUAUCUUACCCCACAUAUAUCUAUACCUUUCACCAAGACGAUUGUUGCAUCUGUACCGCGCCUUCCGAAAGGCGUAAAUCAGGACUCUCCAGAAAUGACGAUCGCACCGGACGCGAUCCUGCAGGUCAAGGAGGUUGAAGUACCUUCCGCGAAAGAUCGGAAAAGGGCACGGUUUGAAUAUCCACUGAAGCACAGUACGAGUGUGGUUGACUUCGGAAUAUGGGACACAAAGUUCCUGACGCAGUUCACCAAAGGCUUGACCAUUCAUCAAUUCGAGACUCCUCCCAAAAGAGUUCUCGACCUUGGAUGCGGAAGCGGUUAUUGGUCUAUCUGCUAUGCGCGGCAGUAUCCCGAUUCCAUCGUGAUCGGGAUGGAUUUGUACGACGUCCAACCGAAGAUUAAUCGACUUGCAAGCACAGCAGACAUUGCGGGACGAGUGCAUUGGGUGAAAGGUGAUAUUUUGGAGCCUCUUGCCUUCGACGACAACUAUUUCGACAUGGUCAGGGCAUCGUACCUCGGCCUGGGUGUGCCGGAGUCCGAAUGGCAGUACAUGCUCGAAGAAGUAUACCGGGUUUUAAAACCUUCGGGCGUCUUAGAGCUCCUCGACGAAGAUCUCAUCUUCCCAGGUGGGCCACCAGAAGAGACCUCGCCACCCCCUUCUGCUGGAUACCUCGGGGAUUUGACAUUCGGCGCGGGUGGCAGCACGAUGCCCUCCUCCCUAGAAUCCCAAGAGUCCAACUGGUCUUUCGAUUCACCGGAUUCUUCACAUCGCCGUCAAGAUCCUCGUGACGAUCAACACUUCAUCUACAACCGCACGCCCACUGCCACAACCGGGCCUACCGCCACCUCUACUCAAUUCUCCCAACCGUCAUCUCGCGAGUAUGAGUUGAAUUUCAUGCGCACGAAGUCGUCCUCUCAAGAGUCCUCGUAUAACUCGCAUAACUUGGUGUCACCACUGGAUACCUCGCUACGGUAUAGCUUCUCUGGAGUAGGCAUGGGGCCGGACGACGAAGGCUUCAUAGAGGGUGUCGCCGAUCCGCUCGAUCACUCGAAGCUCAAGGCUGCAUGGCAGGAGAUGUUGAGCAUGCGAUUCUUGGCAAGCAAAACGACGAACGUCCUCCCACUGUAUCUCUCGACGAUAUUCGAGGAGUACAGGGCACUACCGGCGAUGGAGAUUCAACUACCGAGGGUCGGUGCCACGGAAAUAGAAGCCGAGAUGGACAGGGAAACAUGGGCGUCGUCUGGUGCUACUGGUCCAAGAAAAUCGGGGCGGACAUCGUUCGGGCGGACGAUGAGUGUGAGUGAGAGUCGGAGAUCGAGCGGGAAGCGUAGCGAGGACCGCGAUUGUACGCCAGUCCCCUUCUCUCGCUUCGGGCAGAAGAUCGACCCCGCGCCGUAUCGCACUCUCCGCCGUGCGACGGUCAAGGACGAACCGCUCGCGUCGGCAUCUACGUCUGCGAACAAUUCGUCAUCGUCGUUACCGCAGUCGUCGAGCUUCGUUUGGACGUGGGCGCCGAUGCAUCUGGAGAGGAUGGUGCAGAUGGUGAAGGGGUGCAAGGAGGCUAUAUGGGAGGCGUAUGAGAAGAUGUAUGGGAAGGGGCCGAUGAUCACCCCGGUGUUGGACAAGGAUGAGAUGGGCUCGAGAAUGGCGAUGGACCGGUCGAAAAAGAAUACCGCUCGGGACGAGUUUGAGACUGCCUGGCUCAAUUGGGAGAACGAUAUGGCGGAUAGGGUAGACAUGCGCGGCAUCGUCGAGUCGACGCUACAUUGGAGCACACCUCCAGGCGAGCCUCCCGACUGGCGAGUAUGGCGAGAUCGCGUGCGGAUGGAACCGAUUGGCCCCAACGAUGGCAUGCGAAAUAGCUUCUCUGGACAUGGUACCUAUCAGUCGCAACCGCCCGACGACGUGUGUCGUUGUGUGAGGGGCUUUGUGGCCUGGAAGGACCCGUCGCAUCAGCCUGCACCCAUCCUAAACGGGUCGUAGCUUUCAUCUUCGGUGGCCUUCUUCUAUAUAGUUGCUUCGGGCGAGCGUUGAUGUGCUUGGACACUGGACUUCAGGGGAUGGAGAAGACAUUUGGCGUUUGGCAUCGUAUAUAGACUACGUACGUUAUACAUUUCCGUCUGCAUAUUGUACAUAUUCACCCUCAGCCCAUCACACACUAUUCCCCUUCUACUGACAUACCCCACCCUGUACCAGUUCAUCUCGUCCUAUGCUUGGUGCGGUCUGCAACUUUUUUGCGGAUGAUCGGACACUUCUUUUGGAGCGCGAUGUAUACCAAUGGUACAUAAUAUUGCUUAUUCACAUCUACUACUUAUCUUGACUGUCAACGAUUGCUGUUCCGCUUUCUUUAUUUGAAUCGAAA